GUAAGUAGAUCCAGAACCAAUAUGGCAACUUCACGGCUUACGACUAUGGUGCCCAGACAUUUUAACAGGUCCUGUUUUUAUUUGAUAGAAAGAAGUAUUCAUAAAAGUGUUCCUCUUUUUGCUGGCAAAAAGUGGAGGGAGAGAAAUGGAAAGGCACCAAAUGGUAAUGAAUUUGGGCCACUGACUGAUUAUCCUGACUGGUCAUAUGCUGAUGGAAGGGCAGGACUACUGGGUAAAGGUCAGAAAAGACGUUUGGUUGAACAAGAAGGAUAUGCUAGGAAAGUUGUUCAACUGCUGAAAGAAGUAGACUUUGCAGUAGAAAGAGAAGCAAAUCUUAAAAAAGAUGCCGAAGAACAGCAUCAGAAGCUGUUAGAAAAGAAACUGAAACCUAAAGGAAAUGUAUAUAUGACUCAAAAUCCAUCUUAGUUUUCUGGUAGUUUGUUUAGGAUGUAUAAAUUUCAAAAAUAUACUAUACUAUUUACUUCAAAGACCAGUAGAUGGCAGUAUAAUAUUUGAACAACAUAUUUGGGAAAUUGCCAAAUACCAUAAGAGUAGUUAUCUCAAUACUGCCAGUCUUACCCCCAGAUACCAUUGCAUUUAAUUUCAUCAAAACAGAUGUCUUAAUGCUAUCAUAACAAAGAGUAAUUAACUUGACAUGUUGUUAUAAUAGUCAUCUUAAUACAAUCUUUUGACAAUGCAGAUACUAAAAGUGUUAACACUAUGUUUUUCAAGACUAGAUGUCAGAAGAACAUUUCCUGGCAAUACCAAAUGUUAUGACGUUACAUGUCUUAGCUCCAAACUUGUAUUUCUGGUUCAUCAGUAAUUGGUCAAUAAACUGAUUGAUCAGCUACUUUUGACAGCAUAUUUGAUGUUUUAAUUUUGACUCGGUAUUGGAUUAGAAGUUAAAUGUAUUAUAAUUUUAAUCUAGCCAUUGAGAAGAAGUUAUGUAAUAAAGUAAUGAGUCAACGUGUUUUUGAAGAUGAACUAAACCAUUUGAUAUUUUAAUUUUAGUCCUGCAUUGAAUAAGGGAUUAUAUAAUUUACUGAUUGACCAUAUACUUGUAACAAUGUUGAAAACUAGUAAAGCAUUGUAAUUCAGUGUCAUGAUAUUUGUGAUGAAAAAAUUCCAUUAGAUCAGGCCUAUAAAAUUAAAAAUAUAUAGAGUAUCCAAGGAAAGAUUUUUUGCUACAGAAUUUACUUUGGAGAAAUUCUAAGAAACAUGAACCAGAAAACAUGGUUUUAGCAUUUAUUAAUUGUACGUAACAGCCAAAUAAGACAAUUAUCACACCUCACAUUGCACUAAUUUUAUCCAUCUUAAACCAAGGACUUUAUUUAUUUUUCAUACAGCUAUCUUUUUUUUACUUUUUUUUAUGCCCAAUGAACCCUCUGACAUAAUUUUUGAACUUGCUUGAUGUAAAUUAUAUAGCUUUGGCAUACAAAAAUUAUGCCAAGUUACAGGCUUGCAUUAGAAUGCAGAUUUUUCCUUUUUACACUUCAUUUGAAGACCAUCAUGAACAAACUAACCCUCAAAUUACUUAAACUUUAUACUGCUGGUGAGGGCCACAUACUGUACAAUAUUAAAUAUUUUCAUGUUUUUGAGUGUUACAACAUUCAUUGUAAAGAACAGACCAAAAUACUGUGUACAACCAUUUAUUUAAAAUACAUAGGGAGCUCCAGUAGUAGUUAACAUGAUUGUACUGUUCAUCAUAUUGGUGUGACUUAUAUGCUAUAAGGGACUCUGUAACUACUAAAAUCAUUGAUUUGCAAUCGAUGUAUUUAAAAAGAUAUUGAAUGACAUUGAUAAUUCUAGAAUUAAAAAGAAUGUAAAAAAAAGUCUAAUGUGUUUUUAUCACAAAUAUUCAGCCUAUAUUCCACUGGUGAGUCAGCCUUGAAUAAAAAGUUAUUAAACUGUG